AGAUGGGAAAAGCUUUUAUCUUUCUUCUCUUCUCUUUCUCUUCCUUGCUAGUAGCUUUAGCAGAGCAAUGUGGGAAACAAGCCGGUGGCGCCCUAUGUCCCGGUGGUGUUUGUUGUAGCCAGUAUGGCUGGUGUGGUAGCUCCGCUGAAUACUGUGGAAAUGGGUGUCAAAGCCAAUGUUCCGGUAGCAGCAGCGGUGGUGAUCUUGGUUCUCUUGUUAGCCAAUCCCUUUUUAAUCAAAUGCUUAAACAUCGAAAUGAGGGAGCCUGUCCUGCUAAUGGGUUCUACACCUACAAUGCUUUCAUUGCUGCGGCAAACUCCUUCAGCGGCUUCGCAACCACUGGCGAUGUUAACACCCGUAAGAGGGAGAUUGCUGCUUUUUUGGCUCAAACUUCCCAUGAAACUACAGGGGGAUGGGCAAGUGCACCGGAUGGCCCAUAUGCUUGGGGAUAUUGUUAUCUCAAAGAGCAAGGCAACCCUGGUGAUUAUUGUGUAGCCAGUGCUCAGUGGCCUUGUGCUGCCGGUAAAAAAUAUUAUGGCCGUGGACCCAUCCAGAUUUCUUACAACUACAAUUACGGUCAAGCAGGAAAAGCCAUAGGGGUGGACCUCAUCAACAAUCCUGACCUUGUUGCAACUGACCCAACCAUUUCAUUCAAGACAGCAUUGUGGUUCUGGAUGACACCCCAAUCUCCAAAACCUUCAUGCCAUGAUGUUAUCACCGGCCGAUGGACACCAAGCGCUGCCGACAAGAACGCAGGCCGUCUCGCCGGAUUUGGAACUGUUACCAAUAUCAUCAAUGGAGGACUUGAAUGUGGAAGAGGUUAUGAUGCCAGGGUGGCUGAUCGUAUUGGAUUUUAUAAGAGGUACUGUGACAUUUUGGGAGUUGGUUAUGGUGACAACCUUGACUGCUAUAACCAAAGGUCUUUUGGUGUUGCUCAUUCUGCAUCUUAAGAUAUAUAUCCUUCCAUCACCUC